ACGUGUGUAACCCUCCGCCUCGGCAGUUUCCCCGGUGUUUGGUCGGUGAUAGACAUUCGCUGCUUCCAAUCGGAGGCGCGCAGUGCCGGGAGUGGCCAAUCGGGGGCUUCGGUGGGCGGAGCGGCCGGGCCAGUUAGCUUUGGCGGUUUUAUUUCAACAUGGCCGAAGCGAGCGGCGUCAAGUUAGGCAGCGGCUGUGAGGAAAAAGGGCCUGAGGAAUUAGCUCAGGAAUCUGCGCGACCCGGCACUACCAUCUCGAGGGUGAAGCUUUUUGACACCAUGGUGGACACUUUCAUCCAGAAGUUGGUCGCUGCUGGGAGCUACCAGAGAUUCACUGACUGUUACAAGUGCUUCUACCAGUUGCAGCCUGAGAUGACACGGCGCAUCUAUGACAAGUUUGUAACUCAGUUGCAGACAUCUAUCCAGGAGGAAAUCUCUGAAAUCAAAGCGGAGGGAAACCUGGAAGCUGUCCUGAAUGCGCUGGAUGCGAUUGUGGAAGGAAGCAAGGACUGCGAGGAGCCGGCUUGGCGCCCUAGUGGGAUCCCAGAGAAGGACCUGUGCAGUGCUGUGGUGCCCUACUUUCUGCAGCAGCGGGACGCCCUGCAGCGACGUGUGCAGAAACAGGAGGCCGAGAACAGGCAGCUGGCAGAUGCCGUCCUGGCCGGGCGCAGGCAGGUGGAGGAGCUGCAGCUGCAGGGCCAGGCCCAGCAGCAGGCCUGGCAGGCUCUACACAGCAGACACCCAGGUGGUAUAACCGAGGCCUCAGCCUAGUGCCGUCUCCUGGGACAGGUUCCACAGUUGAGAGUUGUGUCUCGGGUACUCUCGGGGCUGCCUUGCUGAGUCCUCCGGCUGCUCUGCCAUUGGCGCUUCAUCACCAUGAGGCCAAGGGUCACUCCCCUGUCUAGGCUUUGGCUUCCAAAUUGGCCAAGUAGUGAUCCCCAACGCCCUGCCAGCUCUGACAUUCAGUGCUUCUAUUUUAAGAGGAAGAAGGAAGCCCCCUGCUCUUAUAGCCACACCUCUCCCAUUACAGCUACAGAUGCUAACCAUUGUUUGAAGUGGGUCAGCUGGAUUGAGUGUUGAGUGCUGAGCCCUGUGUGGGCUCAAAGAGCCCUUUUUCACUACAAUUCCCAUGUCUGUAGCCCAGCUGCAAGUCCACUUAAUUUAAGAAAGUUUCUCUGCUAGAAAUCUCCAGUGAGGUCAGAGGAUCGGGGGACACUUAAGGGGCCCUUUUUGAAAAUCGGCUCUUCUCUGGGGAGGCCCAGCCUAGGUGGCCAUGGCACCCAGCCCGCCAUAAACAACUGCUGAGUGGGGCGGAUUUCCUAAUAUGCCCUGCUGGGCCUGUGAUAUGAGUUUCAGACCCCUUCCUUAUCAUCCUGGGGGAAACCCAGGCCUGGAGUCAAGGACAGUGGAGGGAAAGCAUUUGGAUUUUCUCAUCUCCCAGUCUGUCUGUUCUCUCUCA